AUGGCUACUAUCCAUUUAAGAAACACAUUUAAUCAUCUUAGUAUGCUUUCUAACGAUGAGCAAUAAACUACUGCUAGUACACUUAGCGAUUCAAAAAUUAACAGUGAAACAUUUUUAAACUAGAACAAAUAAUAAAGCAUACACACAAACUCUCAAAUAGAGUAGGAUUUUGAUUCUUAAAAAGUAUUUGGAUUAUAGUUAUCCCCUAUGUAGUAUGAAUAGGAUAAAUAAGAAACUAACUUCAAUUAUAGUUCUAACAUUGAAGAUUAAGGCAAAUAGAAGUCCUCUUUUAACUAAGAAAGUAAGGAAUCACUUUAAAAAUAGGAUCAAUAAAUCGAAAAUAAAUCAACUGAAGUAGAAGAAGAGGAAUAAGAAGAAGAUGAAGAUGAUUUCCCUGCUCCAAGACAAAAAUCUAAUACAUUCACAUCUGGAUAUAUAUCAACUCAUGUUCCUUGUGAAUCAAAAAAAUCUCGUUUUGGAUUUCGUCUUAAUUUGAACAUUAGAAAUCCUUAUAAUUUAGAAGAUAGUGAUAUUAUGGACCCUGAGAUAGAUUCUUCUAAUGACUAUGACUCAACAGAUGAUUCUUUAACGAACACAAACAGCGCAACCAGAAAUGAAUUUGCUAAAAGAAGAUCCAGCUUUUUCAAGUCAUUUAAACCAGAAUCUUUGAGACUUAUUACAUGUUCUAAAAAUGAAAUUCCUAAUGUUCAAUAGCCUUCAAUUAUCAAAAAGGAAAAAUUUGAAGAAAAGUUUCAUAUGCAUGAAAAACUUGGAGAAGGUUGCCACUCAAUUGUCCGUAGAUGCUAGAAAAAAGAGGAUUCUCCUCUUUAGAGCUUUGCCGUCAAAAUCAUUAGUUACAAAGAUCCAGAAUACUUAUUUGAGAUAUUGCAAGAAGAAAGGGUGUUGAGCUUACUGAGUCACAAAAAUAUAAUUAAGUAUGACAGCUUUUUCCUUGAAAAAGACAAAAAGAAAGCUUACAUUGUAUCUGAAUAUGCUCAAGGAAAACCUCUAGGAUACUACAUAUAAAACAAAAGAUAGUUUUCUAUGAGAGAAAUAGCCAGUGUUGCUAAGCAAACUUUAAAAGCUAUUGCUCAUAUGCAUUCCAAAGGAAUUAUUCAUCGCGAUUUAUCUUACAACAAUAUUAUGUAUGAUCCUAUUUCUGAAUAAGUAAAAGUAAUAGACUUUACUGUAUCCAAAAUUGUUACCAUCUAAAAGCUACUCACCAACACAGGAACUUUGAAUUUUAAAGCCCCUGAAAUGCUUUAAGGCUAAUUCUACUCUCACUCUAUAGAUAUAUUUUCACUUGGUGUUAACUUGUUUGCUUUAAUAUUUGGCUAUCUUCCAUUCUAAGAUAAUAGCGACAAGCAAGUUAUCUCUAACAUAAUUAAUCACGAUCCUCUUGAGUUUUAUAAAAAUUAAGAUAACCAUGAUCCUUUAUUACUUCAUUUCUUAGAGUCUUUACUUGAAAAGGAUCCUCUUAAAAGACUAACUGCUUUACAAGCACUUAAACAUCCUUGGAUUAAUUAAAAAAUCACUGGCGAUGAUUUGAAGAAGAUCUAAAAAAUCAGAAAAUCAUUGAGAAAAGGUAUCAGCGCUUCAACUGUAGCAGAAUUAGAUGAUUUAGAUUAAGAACAAGAUACUAUUACCUCCUUUAAUUAAUUUAUGGUGAAAACCCUUAUAAACCUGUAAGAUGACUGA